CUUCCCCUCUCCCGCCCUCCCCCCCCCCUCCGCUUCUCCUCCCCCAGCAGCGAGCAGGCGGCUCCGGCACGCGCCGCCCGCCCCGCCGCCGCCGGCCAUGUCGAGGAGCUCCCGGGCGGUGCUGGCCGCCUCCGUGCUGCUCUCCGCCGCCACAGUGGUGGCCGUGCACAUCCAGCAGAGGCGGGAGCGGGAGAGGCUGUACAGUGGAGUUCUCAGAGACCUUGAGCGUCAAAAUCAGAAAAAGGAGAAUAUUCGCCUGCUAGAAGAGCAAAUUGCAUUGACAAAGCAGCUUAUGGAAGAAAGAGACAAAGAGCUAAUGAGAAAAGGGUCCCAGCAAUCUUAGGCACAGACCUGAGUCAUU